AUGACACAAGUCUUUCCUUUGAUUCAACGCGACCUAUCAUUUACCCCGUACAGCAUUCAAUGGGUUCCAAGUUCAGCUCGAUUGUGUGCGGUGGGAGCAACGACGCGUGGUGCAGGCAUCAUAUCAGUAUACCGAGUCAACGGCAAACGAUUAGAGAUCGCCAAUGAGACCGAGACGCCUAUGCCUUUAAGGUGUUGUUCAUUUGGAGCUGCUGAUAAAACGACUCGACACGUGGCGACAGGCGACUUUGAUGGAAGAUUGCAGUUAUGGGAUACAAAUCGACUCGAGAUACCCACAUCCAGUGUAAAUGCACAUGAUACCAUCAUCAACAUGGUAGAUGGAUCAAUGCCGGAAUUGGCUACCGCAAGUCGAGAUGGAUGCGUCAAGGUAUGGGAUACAAGGCAAUUGGAUAAGGCUGUUUUCAAUGUACGGCAUACCGAGCAACAAGAUGCAUGGUCAGUGGCAUUCGGAGGAUCGACCCAUGACAAUCGAUUGAUUGCAGCAGGAUACGAGAAUGGAGACCUGGAGUUGUUUGAUCUUGCAGCAUCACGUUACUUAUGGAAGACCAAUGUUGGAGCAGGGAUUUGCUCCAUUGACUUUAAUCAAGACAAGCUGGUGCUUAGUACAUUAUCAGGAUUGGCUAUUGUGAAUUUGACCGAGAAUGGGGCUAUUGAACAACUACAGUCGUCGAGUGAUACGACCAUGUGGGCAGCUCAUCAUGUACCUCAAGAUCCUCGCUACUUUGGUGUUGUGGGUGGUGAUGGUGUAUUCCGACUUUGGGACCAUGAUGGAUCCAGGCAGCAACCUGUGGCGGCAUUAUCUCUUAGCAAGCAUCCCAUCAUCGCCUGUGAUUGGAAUCGUGAUAAGCAAGGGCUCGUUGCAUGUGCCUCCUUUGAUCAAACCCUUCGGAUAGCCCAAGUCGUCUUUUAA